CGCCCCCCUCCUCCCCGAGCCGAGUGGAAGGGGCUGGGGUUGGUGCCAGCAGCGGCGUGAGCGCUCGAGCGGCCGCCAUUUUACGCCAGCUCCAGCACACUGUCCGGACACGCCGCGGGAGCGGAGAGGGGCAGCUCCUCCGCACGCCGAGCCGCCAGCCGCGCCCCGAGCCCCUUCGCUCGGCCUUCUCCCCCACAGCGACAGGGCUAGUUGCACACAGUGAUCUAGAUGAAAGAGCUAUUGAAGCUUUAAAGGAAUUUAAUGAAGAAGGUGCAUUGGCAGUACUUCAGCAGUUUAAAGACAGUGAUCUUUCACAUGUUCAGAACAAAAGUGCCUUUUUAUGUGGAGUCAUGAAAACAUAUAGACAGAGAGAAAAACAGGGGACCAAGGUGGCAGACUCUAGCAAAGGACCAGAUGAGGCAAAAAUUAAGGCACUCUUGGAAAGAACAGGCUAUACACUUGAUGUGACUACUGGACAGAGGAAGUAUGGUGGUCCUCCUCCAGAUUCUGUGUAUUCAGGACAACAGCCUUCUGUUGGUACAGAGAUAUUUGUGGGCAAGAUUCCAAGAGACUUAUUUGAAGAUGAGCUUGUUCCAUUAUUUGAGAAAGCUGGGCCUAUCUGGGAUCUGCGCUUAAUGAUGGAUCCACUAACUGGUCUAAAUAGAGGAUAUGCUUUUGUCACUUUCUGUACUAAAGAGGCAGCUCAGGAGGCUGUUAAACUGUACAAUAAUCAUGAAAUUCGUUCUGGAAAACACAUUGGUGUAUGCAUCUCUGUUGCCAAUAAUAGGCUUUUUGUUGGCUCUAUUCCUAAGAGUAAAACCAAGGAACAGAUUGUUGAAGAAUUUAGUAAAGUAACAGAGGGUCUCACGGAUGUCAUAUUGUAUCAUCAACCUGAUGACAAGAAAAAGAACAGGGGUUUUUGUUUCCUUGAAUAUGAAGAUCACAAAACUGCUGCUCAGGCCAGACGUAGGUUAAUGAGUGGAAAAGUGAAAGUCUGGGGAAAUGUUGUUACAGUUGAAUGGGCUGACCCUAUAGAAGAUCCAGAUCCUGAAGUUAUGGCAAAGGUGAAAGUGCUGUUUGUGCGUAACCUUGCCAAUACUGUAACAGAGGAGAUUCUAGAAAAGGCCUUCAGUCAAUUUGGAAAAUUAGAGCGAGUGAAGAAACUAAAAGAUUAUGCUUUCAUUCAUUUUGAUGAACGGGAUGGUGCUGUAAAGGCAAUGGAAGAAAUGAAUGGCAAAGAUUUAGAGGGAGAAAAUAUUGAAAUUGUGUUUGCUAAGCCACCAGAUCAAAAAAGAAAAGAACGGAAAGCUCAGAGACAAGCGGCUAAAAAUCAAAUGUAUGAUGAUUACUACUAUUACGGUCCACCUCAUAUGCCCCCACCAACACGAGGUCGAGGUCGAGGAGGUAGAGGUGGUUAUGGAUAUCCUCCUGAUUAUUAUGGAUAUGAAGAUUAUUAUGAUUAUUAUGGCUAUGACUACCAUAACUAUCGUGGUGGAUAUGAAGAUCCUUAUUAUGGUUAUGAAGAUUUUCAAGUUGGAGCUAGAGGAAGGGGUGGUAGAGGAGCAAGGGGUGCUGCUCCAUCCAGAGGCCGCGGGGCUGCUCCUCCCCGUGGCAGAGCCGGUUAUGCACAGAGAGGUGGUCCUGGAUCAGCAAGAGGCGUUCGUGGUGCGAGAGGAGGUGCCCAGCAACAAAGAGGCCGCGGGGUACGUGGUGCGAGGGGUGGCCGCGGUGGAAAUGUAGGAGGAAAGCGCAAAGCUGAUGGGUACAACCAGCCAGAUUCCAAGCGGCGCCAGACCAAUAAUCAGAACUGGGGCUCCCAACCCAUUGCUCAGCAACCGCUCCAAGGUGGUGAUCAUUCUGCAGGGAAAAGGGGUCGAGGCCGGUCCUGACCUGUUACAAUGAAGACUGACUUGCUAUGUGGGAUUACACCAGAAGCUUGCAGUGGAGUAAUGGUAAGGAAAUCAAGCAACCUUAAGUAUCUCGGCUGUAUAGGAGCAUAUUCUAUUGCAGAAGACCUUCCUGCGAAGAUCAUGGAUUCAAAUAUGGGACAUUUUGAACUAAUACUUGGACUUUGAUAUGAAUUUCUUUAACAGUUUUCUCUGCAGUGCAAAUUAUUAAACUAAAGCUAUUCUAUUACCCCAAUGUGUUCAAAAAAUCCUUAACUUCUAGCAUGGUAUCUUCAUAAAGAAUAAAGUUCUUCUUAAAAAAAAAAAAAAAAUCUGCUUUAAGUGGGUUUUCCCCUCCAGGUUUUCUUAAUUAUAAGGAUUCCAAAAGUGGUAUUCUCUUGAAUUCUUGCAUUGAAAUUUUUAUUGCAGUGAUAUAGAUGAAUGCCAUCAUUGGUAUCCUUAAAUUUUAUUUCUGCUCAUGAAGGUUAAUCAUGAUUGUCUAUAUAGUAAUCACUUUUGGAUUGUGUUCAGAUACAGCAGUUUCAGGUGUAAUCAUCAGAGCUGGUUAGUCAGGCAUUCCAGAUAGUGGUUCUUUUCAGAACCUUUUUUAAAGGGUUGGUUAACUACCUCAGUAGCAGAGGAUUGAACUAUACCCUGUCUGUACUGUACAUAGAAAAUCUUUGUAGAUAAAAGCAAGGCUUGUUUAAUAUGAUAUGAGGGUAAGAUAAUAUACCAAAUGUAACAUUCUUAGUUGCCUUUAGUUUCAGAGGCUUUGUAAGAUUUCCUCAUGACCAUCGUAACAGGCCUUGCUUUUGUCGUAUUUUGUGGCUGAAAAAGCAGCCUUGCUUCUUCAGAUAUUGUAGUUAUUUGGAUGUAUAAUAGUUUAGCAAGAUGUUACUUUUGUAAGACAUCAGAUGUUCAAAAAAGUGCAUCAGCAACUUGUACUAAAUACUGCAGUGUCCCUUUAUAAAAGGUCAGACUAAAACUGACAACUGUACAGUGAAGCCUGACAUUUGGAUAUUUUGAAGUUUUUCAUAAAUCAUAGAAAAUAGUAUAUGGCUGUAGUUUAGCUUUUUAGGUAAAAGGUAUGUUUUCAUUAGUGCAUUUCUUAUUGCUGAUCACUGUAAAAACAUGUGGAUCAGCUUUCCAUUUCUCUUAUGCAGAUCAUGAUAACCUGUAGAGUAGAGUACAAUCAUUUGUGCUAUGUUUUUAAUUUUCUAAAGCACCUUGAUGACAGUGAGUGUUCAGUGGUGAAGCAUCCUCUAUUGAAUCACCUUUCCAAAAAAUAAACAAACAAAAAA